UCAUACUUUAAGUCACUCCUCUGUGGUACUACACUGCACUGCGCUCUCAUCGCGACAGCUUGGUACGCUCUACGAGAUCACCAUCCUACAUGGAGCCCCGUCGCUUUCUCCCUCGGGCGCCGCAAACGCAAGCCCGGUCGAGUACAACAUUCCGGCCUCCGCCGUUGGAUGGGUCCCUCACACUGCCUGAGAUGUUCGACUGGCACCUGAAGCAUACUCCAAACCACCGUCUCUUUGUAUUUGCAAAAGGCGAUGGAACCCUCCGAACUAUCUACUGGCCCGAGGCAGUCAGAGCCGUUUACACGGGUGUUGGAAUCAUUCAAGCACGUCUAGCCAACACUGUUGCGGGAGACGAGGCUCCGAUUGUAGCUAUCUUGGCUCCGUCUGACGCGAUCCCGUAUUUCACCAUGAUGAUGAGUAUCAUGCGGGCGAACUACGUCGCCUUCCCCAUUUCUCCCCGUAACUCUCCAUUGGCCGUCGCACACCUAAUUAACAAAGCUGGGGUCAGUCACGUCCUUGUCGGACAAGAGCCGGCUAUGCAGGACCUCGCCAGCGAAGCGCUGGGCAUUCUCACCACACGGUACGGUGCUCAGACACUGCCAAUUCUCUCAUCCAUGCCGCUCUUCGAUGAGCUUUUUCCCUCGCCUGAAGACGGCGGUGCUGAGGGUCUCGUUGCACCUCCGGCAUAUGCUUACAAAGGACCAGAUGCCCUUGCGAUGAUUCUCCAUUCAUCCGGUUCCACCGCAUUUCCGAAGCCAAUAUAUUGGACGAACCAUCGCUUCUGCCAACUGUGUCUCAUCCCGUGGUUCGGUGAACGCGAUCUAACUGGCCAAGUGUUCUCUCUGCAUACGAUGCCCAUGUUCCACGGAAUGGGUGUCUUGCAGCUCUGUUGGACGGCGUCCUCCGGAUUAGUGGUCAGCUCCUUCGAACCGAAGUCGCCAGCGCCUGUCCCGACACCCGAUACCCUCUUCGUCGCGGCCAAAGCGACAAAAAGCGACGUCGUCUUCUGCGUGCCAUCUUUCAUUGAGGCCUGGUCCCGGAACCCAGAGUAUGUACGCUGGCUCGCGACUCGUGGUGGCGUGCUCUUCGGCGGCGGCCCGUUGAACAAGGAAGCGGGCGAUUACAUGACGUCACAGGGCGUGUCGAUCUUCAUCUUGUACGGCUCGACUGAGGGCGGUAUCAUGAGUCCAAUCCUUCCAGCCGACGUCAGUUACGACUGGGAUUACUUCAAGUUCCCUGGCCUUGUUACAGCUCACAUGGUUCCGUAUGGAAACAACACAUUCGAAUUUGUCAUGAAGGAAAACGAGUAUUGCCGUCCAAGUGUGAUCAAUACAAAAAUGGACGGCGUGGAUGCAUAUGCGACCUCCGAUCUAAUGAUACCCCACCCUACGAAACGUGGGUUUUGGAAAGUGCACGGCAGGACAGAUGACCAGAUCAUGCACAACACUGGUGAGAAGACGAACCCGGGACCAUUGGAGAACAUGCUCAAUCAAGAUUCGCAUGUUCUGGCAUCUGUGAUGUUCGGCCGUGGUCGGUUCCAGGCCGGAGUUCUCGUCGACCCCAAACCUCAGUAUAGAUUUGAUCCGGCGAACGAGACAAAACUCGCAGAAUUCAGGAACAUGAUUUGGCCGACCGUAGGGCGGAUGAACGCGUUUGCCCCCCAGCAUUCCAGACUCUUCAAAGAGAUGAUCAUCGUGGCGAAACCGUCCAAACCGUUCACGUACACAGCAAAGAGCACCGCACGCCGCCAGGCUGUCAUCGACGACUAUGCCGACGAGAUAAAUGUAGUGUACAACAAGGUCGAGGAAAGCACCCAGUCCAGUAUCCCGCCUCCAUCUCAGUGGGAUAUCCUCACCACGCUCGACUUCGUCCGUGCAGUGAUCAACAAGGUUCUGGUGCACAGAGUGGAAGAUGACGACGAUGUUUUUCAGCACGGCUGCGAUAGUCUUCAGGCCACUCAUAUCAGAAAUGCCUUGCUGCGUGCUUUGCGGGACUCCGCGCAGCUGGACACGCGCAAGAGCGUUGGUAACUUCGUCUAUGACUAUCCUACCAUCAGACGCCUUGCCUCUUUCCUCCUUGGACUAGCGACCGGCUCGAAACUCGAAGCACACAACUUGCUGGAAGGACGGGCCGACAACAUGGUCGCGAUGGCCACAAAGUACUAUCAGGACAUCCCAAUUCGUCGACCCACCGCGUCCAAUUCCAGUCAUGAGAGCGUCGUCUUGAUAACAGGGACCACUGGCAGCCUUGGUAGCUUCCUCCUCUCUCACCUCGUCGAUGAUCCGUCUGUUGUACGCAUCUACGCUUUGAACCGUUCCUCCCAAGACGGCAUUGCGUUGCGAUUGCGGCAAGAGGCUUCUCUGUCGUCUCGUGGGCUCAGUACAUCCAUACUCGAUAGCAACAAGGUUGUGCUCUUAGAGGCGGAUGUCUCCGUGGCCGGUUUCAAACUCCUCGACAAGGUUUACUCAGAGAUGCAAGCUUCUGUAACACACGUCAUUCACAACGCUUGGCGGGUGGACUUCAAUCUAUCUCUGGAAUCCUUCGAGUCGAAUGUCAAGGGUGCGCGCAAUCUCGUCGACUUCGCACUGUUGUCUCCGCGGCCUGUCCCGCCACGCAUGCAAUUCGCCAGCUCCAUUGGAGUAUUCCAGAACAUCGAGGGCAUCCAACUCACAGAAGACUUCGUGAAGCCUGACGUCGCUGUAGGAUCGGGCUAUUCAGAAUCGAAGUGGGUGGCUGAACGAAUCUUGAUGGAAGCGGCAGGGAAGACGGGCCUCGAGGUCCUCGUCGUCCGCGUUGGCCAGAUAUGCGGAGGGCCUGACGGAGUGUGGAAUGUCCAUGAAUGGUUUCCUGCCAUAGUGCAGAGUGCUGCGAAGUUGGGUUGUUUCCCGGAUGAUUCGAAGGUGGUAUCGUGGGUUCCCUUGGCCACCGCAGCCAGCGCGAUGGUAGGGCUCAUACAUGCACCGUACAAAGACGACGUCGUCCACUUGGUUCACCCUCAUCCUGUCGCCUGGCACUCACUCGCCACCGUCAUCGCUAACGAGCUUGGUGUUCCUCUCGUCCCCUUCGCUCAAUGGCUCUCCAAGCUCGAAGCACUGCACUCCCCGCAUGCUACCGACCGAGGUCGGGUGGACGCGCGAGCUGAAGUCGAGUUGUUACGGAGUGUCCGUGCUCUGCGCUUGUUUCCUUGGUUCAAGGGGCUUUCGACCUCGCGAGGCAAUGCAGAGGCGUUGGGAUUCCCUGCUCUUUCUGCAUCCCACGCCACACAGCUGUCCCCCGCCUUGGCGGAGGCCUCCCCGCUUGAUGGCGAGGACGCGAAGAAGUGGCUAGCAUUCUGGCGCACAGCAGGGUUGCUCUGACAAUACCAGAACACAGGGUCGCAAUCGCCGGUCCAAGUACGUCCGCUUCGUCUCGCGUAUGAUCACUACAUGUAGAAUAUGGCGUCGGGAA